AUGGGGCUUCCAGACUUGGGCUUAUGCAUAUCAAGGUCACUUCUUUUCAAUAUUUCUAUGUAUGUAAUAGUUGCAUGUUGCUUGAGCUUGAUGCAUGCAAGCAUGCCUACCAAUGCAGCCACCUCCAGGCUGAGUGGGAAUGAGACAGACCGACUUGCACUGCUGGCAUUCAAAGCCAAAAUAACCAAUGACCCUCUUCAGGUUAUGAGUUCAUGGAAUGGUUCCAAUCACUUUUGCCAGUGGCAUGGUGUCACCUGUGGUUGCCGACACAAAAGGGUCACCGAGUUAGACCUCGGGUCCCAGAAAUUGUUCGGGUCCAUAUCCCCGCAUGUUGGAAAUCUAAGUUUCCUGAGACUACUAUACCUCCACAACAAUAGCUUUGAACAAGAAAUCCCUCCAGAGCUGGGUCAUUUAUGGCGACUGCGAGUUUUAGGCCUCAACAAUAACUCAAUAAGUGGCAGAAUUCCUGCCAGUUUAUCUGCUUGCUCUAACCUUCAUUCCUUAGUUUUGGAAUUCAACAACCUUGAAGGGCCAAUUCCUGUGGAAUUGGGCUCCUUGUCAAAGCUCCGUGGUAUUUUUAUUAAGAAAAACCACCUAACUGGAAGUUUACCUCAUUCUCUGAUGAACUUAUCAUCUCUGGAGCUACUUUCUGUGUCCGACAAUAAUUUUGGCGGGAGUGUCCCAGAUGCACUUGGUCAACUUAAAAAGCUAACAAUGAUUGCACUUGGAAGCAAUUGGUUUUCCGGCACCAUCCCUCCCUCAAUAUUCAAUCUCUCUUCUCUGACAAGUUUCGAAGUGGUAGGAAACAACAUUACAGGCAGCCUUCCCUCCGAUAUAGGCAUCACUCUUCCUAAUAUUCAAUAUUUCGAUCUUUACAAUAACCACUUUACUGGAUCAAUUCCUACCUCAAUAUCCAAUGCAUCGAAUUUGGUAUCAUUUUUUGUGGGUAGAAAUAAUCUUACUGGAAAGGUACCUACAAUGGAGAGACUGCAUAAGCUGAAUAAUAUCAAAUUAGUCAGCAAUCAUCUUGGGACUGGGGAUAAUGAAGACUUCAACUUUUUGUCGUCUUUGACCAAUGCCACCAAUUUAAAGGUGUUGGUCUUGGACAGAAACAAUUUUGGAGGAAUGCUUCCCAAAUCCAUCUUCAAUUUCUCAAACAAGCUUGAAUUCUUCAACGUGGCCAAGAAUCAGUUAUUUGGGACUAUCCCGGAUGGGAUUGGGAAUCUAAUCAACUUGACUUGGCUAAAUUUGUGGGGCAACAAGUUCACAGGUAACAUUCCCACGGAAAUCGGAAUGCUUCAAAAGCUACACAAAAUUGACAUGUCAGAUAACAAUUUCUCUGGAUGCAUUCCCUCCUCGUUUGGGAAUUUAAGUAUGUUAAACCUCUUGGAUUUGGGAAGCAAUGAUCUUUAUGGCAACAUCCCUCCAAGUCUUGGGAAAUGUCAAAACUUGUUAUCACUUGAUCUUUCCAAUAACAAUCUCAGUGGUACCAUGCCCUCAGAAGUUGUCGGUCUCUCCUCCUUAUCCAUCCUUCUCGAAUUGUCUCAAAACCGUUUCACUGGUUCACUUCCCAUAGAAGUUGGAAAUUUGAAAAAUUUAGGUCAAUUGUAUGUUUCUGAUAACUUGCUGUCCAGUGAAAUUCCUAGCACUAUUGGUAGCUGCGUGGUAUUAGAAAUAUUAUCUAUGGCGGGUAACUUCUUCCAAGGGAACAUUCCAUCAUCUUUGAGCUCUCUAAGAGGUAUUCAAGUUUUAGAUCUUUCUCACAACAAUUUGUCAGGGAAAAUUCCAGAAUAUCUUGAGGGCUUUGCAUUCUUAAAAAAUUUGAAUCUAUCUUACAAUGAGCUUGAGGGUGUGGUACCAAUAAAAGGUGUGUUUGCAAAUGCAACUGCAGUUUCAGUCACCAGAAACAGUAAGGUCUGUGGAGGUAUACCUGAAUUACAGCGGCCUCCAUGUAACUUCAAAGGAUCCAAAAAGAGGGGAUUAACGCUUACAUUAAAAUUUAUAAUCCUCACAGCGUCAGGGCUUCUUGGAUUAACAUUACUGUUGUGCAUUCUAUUUCUUUGCUGCUGUAAAAAAAAGAGAGUGACACCUUCAUCGGAAAAUUUAGCAAGUUCUUUUUUCAAAGUAUCCUACCAAAGUUUACAUAGAGCUACGAAUGGUUUCAGCGGCUCCAAUUUGGUAGGGGUGGGUAGUUUUGGGUCUGUAUAUGAAGGACUCCUUGAUCAGGAAGGGAAAAAGGUUGCAGUGAAGGUACUUAAUCUUUUCCAGCCCGGAGCUUCCAAGAGUUUCAUCAAUGAGUGUGAGGUGUCGAGGAACAUCAGACAUCGGAAUCUUGUCAAGGUGAUCACUGCAUGUUCUAGUGUUGACCAACAAAAUAACGACUUCAAGGCUCUGAUUUAUGAGUUCAUGGUUAACGGGAGCCUAGAUGAUUGGUUGCAUCCAAAUCAAGAACUUGAGGCAGACGAGGAACAAAAAAAUUUAAGUCUUGUUCAGAGAUUGAAUAUUGCCAUUGAUGUUGCUUGUGCACUUGAUUAUCUCCACCACCGUUGCCAAACUACAAUAAUUCAUUGUGAUAUGAAACCAAGCAAUGUUCUUCUAGAUGAUGACAUGAUUGCACAUGUAGGUGACUUUGGGAUAUCAAAAUUUCUUCUUGAUGCUAACCAGAACGAUAGUGGAAACCAAAUCAGUUCCGUUGGAAUCAGAGGUUCCAUUGGUUAUAUGCCACCAGAGUAUGGUUUGGGAAGUGAGGUGUCAACAUCCGGUGAUGUGUACAGCUAUGGCAUUCUUUUGUUGGAGAUCUUUACUGGAAAAAGGCCGACUGAUGAGAUGUUUAAUGAUGGUAUGAACCUUCAUAACUUUGCCAAGACAGCUGUUAGAAUUGCAGAUCUAGUAUUUCUUCAACAAGGAGAGAUGGAGGUGAGCGCGAGCACGAGCACCAACAACACUCGCAAUCAAAAUCGUGAUAGUAAUUACAAGAUACAGGAGUGCUUGACUUCAGUAUUUAGAAUUGGAAUUGCAUGUUCACAAAAGUCACCAACUGAACGAUUGGAUAUUGUUGAUGUUGUAGCCAAGUUGCAGGUUACCAGGAACAAUCUUCUUGGUACUGGUGGAACGCAUGUUGGAAGAACUAAUUAA